UAGAAAGUUUGCAAAACACACUACCCCCCUUAAACCGUCUUGCUAAUGGCGGAAGCUAAAGAGGCCAUUCCAAUGGCGACUGCAGAAGUACCACGCUCCUCUCUCACUCCUCUUGAAGUUCCAAUGCAACUUCACGAAAUCAAUCGCCAAAAGCUCGUCAAAUAUCUUCAACAACACCUCACUGAUUCUGGUCGCCCAAUUCAAGGCAUCGUUCUCCUUCAGGGUGGAGAAGAGAAGAAUCGUUAUUGCACCGAUCAUACCGAACUUUUCCGGCAGGAGAGUUAUUUUGCUUACUUAUUUGGAGUGAGGGAGCCAAGUUUCUAUGGAGCUGUUGAUAUUGCCACAGGGAAAUCUAUCCUGUUUGCUCCACAUCUCCCAGCAGAAUACGCUGUUUGGAUGGGGCAGAUAAAACCACUGUCACAUUAUACGGAAAGGUAUAUGGUUAACAUGGUCUGUUAUGUGGAUGAGAUGGAAGAAGUUUUGCUCAAUCUAUACAAAGGAGAAGAUAAACCUUUGCUGUUUCUAUUGCAUGGGCUUAAUACAGACAGUGGCAAUUUCUCAAAACCAGCAGAAUUUAAGGGUAUUGAGAAUUUCAAAACAGAUUUGAGUACAUUGCAUCCUAUACUGACCGAGUGUCGUGUUAUAAAGUCAAAGUUGGAGCUCGACGUUAUCCAAUAUGCAACUGAUAUAAGCUCAGAGGCUCAUGUUGAGGUAAUGAGAAAUACAAAAGUGGGCAUGAAAGAAUAUCAAUUGGAGAGCAUGUUUCUCCAUCACACCUAUAUGUAUGGUGGAUGUAGGCAUUGCUCAUACACAUGUAUUUGUGCCACAGGUGAUAAUAGUUCUGUUCUCCACUAUGGGCAUGCAGCAGCUCCCAAUGAACGGACUUUUAUGGAUGGAGAUAUGGCAUUGCUGGAUAUGGGAGCUGAAUAUCAUUUUUAUGGUUCUGACAUAACCUGUUCGUUCCCUGUGAAUGGAAAAUUUACUGUUGAUCAGCGUCUUAUAUACAAUGCUGUCCUUGGUGCUCACAAUUCUGUCAUAGCCGCAAUGAAACCUGGAGUAAGUUGGAUAAAUAUGCACAAACUUGCAGAGAAAGUCAUACUCGAGGCUUUAAAGAAAGGGAACAUCAUCACUGGUGAUAUCGAGGAUAUGAUGACUCAAAGGCUGGGAGCUGUUUUUAUGCCUCAUGGUCUUGGCCACUUGCUAGGGAUCGACACCCAUGAUCCAGGAGGCUAUCCCAAGGGACUGGAGCGACCAAAAGAACCUGGGUUAAGUUCUCUACGCACAGCCCGAGAACUGAAGGAGGACAUGGUAAUCACAGUGGAGCCUGGGUGCUACUUCAUCAGUGCGUUACUGAUUCCAGCAAUGGAAAGUUCAGAAACGUCAAAAUUCUUCAAUCCUGAUGCUAUAAGGAGAUUUAUGGUCUUUGGCGGUGUUCGAAUUGAAAGUGAUGUGUAUGUCACAUCAAUUGGCUGCAAGAACAUGACCAAUGUUCCCCGCGAGACAUGGGAGAUUGAAGCUGUUAUGGCAGGGGCGAAAUGGCCGCUAGAGAAAGGUGUUGUUGAUCAUUCAUAUAAUGCAAUUAGAAAUUCUCAUUCAUAGAGAGAAUGCUAAACUUUGCCAACAGAUACAAAGAGAUGCUAAACUGUAAUACUGGUUCAUAAAGAGAUGCUAAACUGUACUGUAAUACUGUUAGUUGUAAUUAGAGCUUCUGUUGCAUAGUACAAUAAGGUCAGUGUCAUUUACACCACUUGACAAUCAAGUUCAAUAAUCUUGCAGAAAGCACAUGGAUAUCGAUUAUCA